UAAGUUGUCAAAGUAGAUGACAGUUCGUAUUUAAGAAAUAAACACUUCUCACUCAGAUAUCAAACAGUUUUCAUUUGUUAACAUUUGUAAUUUUUUAAAUUAUCUAGUAGUAAAUAAAAAAUGGCUGAAGACUAUAAACCGGGACAGUUGCCAUAUCCGGAGGAGAAUGAACGGAAACAGUUUUUUAAGUACCACUACAAGGGAGUCCUGAUAGUGCUGUUACCCAUAUUGUUUGCUCCCAUUCUUCUCGGCCCCCAAGUUUUGGCUUACCGCAUGUUAUACAUCGGCAUUGUAACCUAUCUGUAUUAUAUAUUCAAUGUCAUGUCGCAGGGGGCAAUAGCGUUCCUUUUUAUUGUUUUUGUGCCCAUCUGUGGUAUCUCGGCAUCCAGAAUUAUUUGCGUAUCCUAUUACUCGGAUCUAAUGUUCGCAACAAUGGGCAGCAUAUUUAUGGGCAUUAUGAUGGACGUCUCGAAGCUUAGCGAGCGGCUGGGCAUGCUAGUGAUCGGUUAUGUUGGCAGCAAUUUGCGAAUACUUCAAAUUUUCUUGAUGAUUAUGACGGCCUUCACAUCGUUUUUUGUCAGCAGCACAUUUGUGAGUGCUUUCUGGAUGAAGAUCGCGCAGGCUGUGAUUCUCGAAUAUACCACGGCCGGAUUAUUGGUGGCAGACACGGAGGAGGAGACCUACGAGCGUCAGGCCAAGCCAUAUCCUUCGGAUCCGGCAAUUGGUAUUUAUCUAACAGUUGCCUAUGCAGCGACACUUGGCGCCAUGAUAUCACCCUUUCAGGAUCCCAACGGAGAGAUCUAUGCUAUCCUAACGCCUUUUAUGACUGUGAAUCCGGCUGGCUUCCUACUUUUGUAUAUUGUUCCAUUGAUAUUCGGCUUAAUUGUGAUUGCACUUUGGAUAAACAUGAUAUUUUUGGGUCUGUUUUGGGGCCCAACGAAAGACUUGGUUAGGGAAGCCGGCCAGUCCAAGGAUGCAAUGCAACAGACCAUCGCCAACAAGAAGGACACCAUGGGACCCUGGACCAUUCACACGAUGCUCACCUUGCUGCUGAUCAUAAUUACGGCCAUCUUAUUGUUCACACGACAACCGCUCCUUUGGAUGGGCUGGCACGACAUAAUCCCUAGGGCCGAUUGCGGCUGCUCGGUGGCGAUUGUAAUAAUGGCAAUUUUCUUUUUUGGUGUGCCGGCAAACUAUAUAUUCUGUCGCUAUUACUGCUGCCGGAAGCCGGAUAAGGAGAUGACGGCUCCCGCUCUGGUCGGCUGGAAGAUUGUGAACACGAACACGCCGUGGGCACAUCUAUUCAUGAUGGGCGCCGGCCGUGGCUUUAUGACCGGCUACAAUGAUUCAAAGCUGAUGGAUUUGGUGAAUCAGACGAUCGCCAGACAGGGCUAUCGCAGCUCCACCUGCGCCGUGCUGGCCAGCCUGAUGGGCACCCUGCUCACCAGCAUCGCGCCGGCAACGCACGUGGCACACACUGUCUUGGGCUCCCUGGUCACAUCGGGCGUAGGAAUGGGCGUUGGUAGGGGCGGCCUGGCCGUUCCAUUUGCAGCCUCUCUUCACAAUCAAUUCCUGCUGCCCGUCAGCACCACAUCCAACACCAUUAUCUCCGGCUGGGGUAAUAUCCGACCCUUUCAGUUUCUGCUGGGCGGUAUUGGGCCUGCCCUAGCCAUGUUGAUAUUCCUUAGCGUAUUUUCCGCUAUAUUUGGCGGUUCUGCUUUCAAAACAUAAUUGAAUAACUGAUCGUAGAUCCCGACCCGUACGUACGGCAUUUAAAGCCAAAGCUUAAAUUGUUUUUUUUUUCUGGUUUUCGUUACUCGAUGCCAGCAGCAAAGAAAUGUGUGGAAAACUCAUGGGUUUAACGUAUGCGGCAACUGGCCAACAGUCGGAGCAGACAUCAAUCUGGGGCAGAACGAGUUGCACGUUGCCAGUUGCCAGUUGCCUUCAUAUGUUGUAUUAAAUUCUUAUACAAAAAAAAAAAAAAAAAAACAGCGCAGUGCGCUGCGUGUCGAGCAAAAACAGUCGUAAAACUGAGCAAAUCUGAUGCGACACACUGACAAACAGACAGACGAACAGAGAGCACAAUGGCUGAGCGUGUGAAUGCAGCCAAAAGCUGACUGGUGGUGGGCAUUGGCCGUGGGACGAUGGUCGUGUAGAAGGGCAACACGCAAAGAGUGCGAUCAACAAAGUCAGACUACAGUGAAGACAAAACCAUGAUUUGCAAUCAGCCAGUCGAUAGAUCGCAAAAAUAUAGAAAUUGUAAAGUAAAAAUCGAAUAAAAGCACAUCCAGAAAUUCCUAUAUCAACAAA